GGCCGGGGGCUGCGGGCUAGGGGGUCCCCGGGCGGGGGGCGGGGGCGACCAGCCUAGGUCGCACUGUCCUCCCUCGUGCUCGUACUGGCGCGGAUCGAACUCGCCGGGCGCCUCCGCCUCUCCCUCUCCUGCCCCGCGCCUUUCCGCCGCGUUACGUAACGGAGCCGCGGUCGCUUUCAGGGGCGAUGUCUGAGAAGCUGCGAAGAUGCAGGAAGGAGCUGACGGCGGCCAUUGACCGGGCCUUCGAAGGGGUCAGUCAGCCCCUGGAGUGCGCGGGGCCCCGGCAGGGGCAGGGGCUGGAGCCUGACGCGGUUCCGCUCCCCUUCCCGCUGCCCGCGCAACGGCUGCUCUGCAGGAGGCACCCGCCGGGGCCCCCCUGCGCCUCAGAGAACGAGAGCCCCGCCUUUGCGUCCAGCCAUGCCCCGCUGCACGCAAAGCCCCAAGCCCUGUGCCCCCCAAGGAAGCCGCUGAGCAGCAAGGAGAACGUGUUGGUGCACUCCUCUGUCCUGACGCCCGAGAGGCAGUUUUGGAGAGCCCCAGGCGAUGGGGAGAACUGGAGGAAAGACAGCCUAAGAAAAGACAUGGAUAAAGAUUUGAAGGUUGACUCAAAUAUGCCCCUCAGCAGUUCUAGCCAAGAAGUCACGAAGGAUCUGCUUGAUAUGAUCGACCAUACAAGUAUCCGAACUAUUGAAGAACUGGCUGGGAAACUUGAAUUUGAAAACGAGUUAAACCGUGCGUGUGGCCGCUGCGAAGACUCUCCCUUCAAGGAGGAGGCAUGGGCGCUGCUGGUGGACGAGAGUCCGCAGAAGAUCUCAGAGCUGCAGCCGGGUGGCCUCAAGCGGGCCUUUGACGAUCACAAUAUUGUGGAGACUGUGCUGGACUUGGAAGAGGACUACAAUCUGAUGGCCCCUUUUAAGUACCAAAUUGAGUAAGGGCUGUGGGCUCAGCUGGGGUUCCUGGCCACAGUGUGGCUGGGCCUCUGUAAAUAAAUGGUUGGGGGGUUGUUGCAAAGGGUUGGCAUGAGCUGAAUUCUCCCCCUUUUCACUUCCAGUUGAGGCCCCUUUGUAACCAAGGGACCAGUUUGUUUAUUCUGCCAUUUUGAAAUGUUUCUUAAUGUUGAUAUAUUUUUCAUUUGAUAUCUUGAAUGUGUUUUUUUUGGGGGGUUGUAUUUUUUUUUUAUGUUGAUUAUACCCAGGCCCAAGGCCGAUGUGCAUUGUGGGCUUCUACUGUCGUUGGUGUUCUUUUCCAUGGGCCUCUGGAAAGUGCUAGGGCCACAUCCAGGGUGGGCUUUGUGUACCACCCAGUGCCAUGCCAGUGUAGCCCUGCCGCGCACUCUGCCCCAUGCUUCCUCUACACAUGUCUCCUUUUCCCUGGAGAUCCUGGGCCCCAGGUGGUUCCCAGAGCAGUGACCCUGCUGCGGUAAGGUGGGGAGUCAGUGGGUCAGGCCCUGCCCGUCUGAGGUCAGCACAAUGGCAGCAGAGGCCUAGGGGCCCUGGUGCCCCUGCGCUCCUUCAGGAAACCCUCUAGGACAGCAGGCAAUGAUUGACAGCUUCCUGGAAUGGGCAUGGGGGUGAGGACAGCGCUGCAAGGGCUGCUCGUAGAACCCGGGGCCAUUUCCAGGCCCAUGACCCCAGUGGAGUCAGUGAGACACUUCACCUGUGGUCUGGAGAUUCUUGGCUCAUUAGUCAGAUGGAACUUCAACGUGUCUCACACUGGGACUCACUGCCCAGCCUUAGCUGGUGGGAUCCUCCUCUUGGCUCACCAGAAAGUCCCCCAGACCACCUCAUGUUCAGUCCUGACCGAGUCAGGCCCCUCCACCAGCACCCAGUUUCCCAGCCCUGAGCCGGACAGCUAGGAGCCUGGAGAAGCCGCCCUGGCUCCCAGCUCCCCCAUGCUGGGAAGGUUGUUCAGAUGGAGAAUUGGCUAUAAAAGAACAGAAUAAGAGAAUGCCAAGUGAUGUCAUUCGUGUGUGAACAGAGAAAAAAAAACUAAAUAAAGGUGGACAUUUGGACUCUUCAGCCAGUGGUCCGUACGAAAGGGAGAAAGCAGCCAUGUGUGUAGGAAGGUAGAGCCAGACUCAGUGGGGAGCCUGAUGUGGCUUCUAAGCACGAUGAUUUUCAGUAACGCACACCCCAGACCUCUCACUGCUAUUCCAGUGUUGCUGCAGUCAAAAGUGCCCCUCAGGGUCUCCCAGCCCUCUAGCAGUGUGACCUGCAGUGAGUCAGGCUUAGUGGUGCAUUUCCAAGGGCUGGAGUCAUCCUCUGGGGAUGCAUAGACAUGCUAAGCCUGUCAUCUGCAUGUGCAUGUGCCCUGAUGGGCUGCGGCAGGCUGGCACUUCCCACAGUAGCAUUUGUCUCAUUGAGAAUAUCCUCGACUUGGGGAUAUUCUACUUCCCUGACCAGUAUUCAUGAUGUCAAAGAGGGUGCUGGUUUGAUAGCUGUGAGUAACGGUUUCGGUUUCUGGUUCACCACAUGGUCCCCCAAGCCAGGGGCACUGCCACGUGUGUCCCCCCACCCAAACAAAACUUUCAAGGUCAAGAACAGGAAAGUCUCAAAGUGGGGGCUGGGAGUGCUCACAGUGCAGUA